AUGUUACGUCCAGAUGUUUUAAAUGUUUUUCUUCUCGCUGCUAUCAGUUGGAAGCUUGCAAGGGCGCAAGAUGUAGCAUUUUUUCGAGAUGUUGAUCAACCACCAGCACAACCAUUUUUUGGCGGUAAUGACGUAGUCGGUAGAAUAACCCUUAAAAACGGAAAAACUGUAAAGGAAAACAUUGUACCGGUGUCGGAUAUUGUUCCGGAUACUCUUGUAGAUCCAAAUGGAAAUCUUGUUGCUGAUGCUCGCAUUAAAAUUCUUAAUCGAACGAAACAACGAAUCCGUGAUGAAAAUUUGUUGAGAGAGGAACUUAGAUAUGAAUCUCGAAGUUCGAUCAGUCUUUUAACAUGCAUUCUGACGCUGUUCGGAUGUUCAUGCAUUGUUGCCUGCGGAGUACUACCAGCUUUGUUGAUAAAACUAAAUAAUGACGUCUUCAAUCAUUCAGCUGCGGGUCGAAAACAGUUGAAUUGUCUGUUAAGUUUUGCUACCGGAAGUUUGUUAGGCGAUGUUUUCCUUCAUUUACUACCAGAAGUUUGGUCUCAGACUGAAGAACAUACUAUGAAUGUGGGACUGUGGAUAUUAGCCGGUAUACUUUCUUGCUUUGUAAUUGAGAAAUGUUGUUCAACAACGUCUGAAAGUCAGAAACGGGUUUGUGCUAUGAUGAACAUCUGCGCAAAUUUGUUGGAUAAUUUUACGCACGGUUUGGCUGUCGGGGCGUCAUUUUUAACUUGUUCAAAGCUUGGCUUUUUAACAACUUUUGCAAUCGUUAUUCAUGAACUACCUCACGAAAUAAGCGAUUUCGCCAUUUUGUUAAGAGGUCAUUUUACAGUCUGGUCAGCUGUUCAGGCACAGGUUGGUAAUCUAUUAACAGCCAUCGGAGGUGUAGCUGGAGCAUACGCCGCAUUGCAUACACAUGCGGUUUUAGCCACGAGUUUUGCCACCAAUCGAAUACUGGCUUUUACUGCUGGCAGUUUUAUCAACAUUGGUCUUUGCCAAAUAUUACCUGAUCUGUUGCAGGAAACAGAUUCAAGGUUUGUGCAUUUCUUUUUUUUUCUCUAA